CUGCACAGCGCGCUGCAGGCGUGGGAGGGCGCGGGCAAGCGCGGCGUGUGGCUCAGGCUGCCCGCUGAGGCGCACGCGUACGUCGACGCCGCGGUGGCGGCCGGCUUCGAGUACCACCACGCCACGGCCGGCUACCUGCAGCUGACGCGCUGGCUGCCUCCCACGCCGAGCCCACUACCGCGGUACGCCUUCACGUCGGUCGGGGUGGGCGGCGUGGUCGUCAACGGCAAGCGCGAGGUGCUGAUGGUGCAGGAGCGGGUCUCGCCGAGCAAGCGCAUGCAGGGGUCGUGGAAGCUGCCGGGCGGGCUCGCCGAGCCAGGGGAGGACUUUGCGGCGACCGUGGCGCGCGAGGUUGCCGAGGAGACGGGCGUGCGGGCGGAGCUCGACGGCGUCGUCAGCUUGCGCCACUCGCACGGCCGCCGCUUCGGGCAGUCCGACGUGUACGUUAUC